AUGGAACUCGUCUACAAGCGCUAUCUGGCGUGGGCAGAUGGUCUGCCUCUGGACUUGGUACGCGCUGGCGAGAGCCAGCACCAUGUUCUCCUUUUGCACGUCUACUUCCACACAUUCGUGCUGGAUUUGUUUCGACCCUUGAUCCGACACGGCGACGCGAUGCGAGUCAAACUCGAAUCGUUUACUUCGCAACAGGCUUCGCCCGAGGCCAUCUGCGCUGCCUCGGCCACUCAACUGAGAAGGACAGCCGCGACGUACUUGCAGACGUGCGCGUCGGCGUCUUACAGUUUCAGCUGGAACACGGCGCUGCUAUAUGUGGCCAACGCGGCCUUCCGAGAGCCGAAACAGGGAAUCGACGGCUCCGAGCGGCGCUCCGAUGUUCGUACGUGUAUUGUCGGCUACCAGAAGCUGCAGAAAUGUUUCCGGCUUCCGCAAGCGAUCAUUAGGGGGCUAUUAUCCAUGGUGUUGCGAGAGGGAUUGAUCACAUCGGCUGAGGCACGCGCAAUUAUCAAGGAUUCGGAAGAGAAAGGGAAGCAUCACCCAACGUCUGACCCGAUACUGGCACCUUUCGUCAUUGAUCUAGAUCUUUGUUUGGUGAAUCGGGAAGCGGCUCUUGUCGAUCGAUUGGCAGCCGAGUUCGACGAGAUUGCGAUAUUCAACGAGUUCACCAUGGUAACGGAGACCCGGGAGGCGCUGGACGCAGGGAGCGAGACCGUCACCUUCGACGUGGACGGUUGA